AUGAAUAUAUUUCUCAAUCUACCUAAAGAAAUUCUAGCACUAAUCAUUAAAUUUAUAAAUGAUAAGUCAAAAAUUCUGGAAUUAAUUGCAAUCCUUCCCUUGAGGGAAUUAGCUUUAGAAGAAAGGUUUUCAACGUAUCAUGUUACUACAAGGUGUAAUCAUGGCGAUGGGUGCAGUGAAAUUUUAAAAUCACUUUAUCAUCAAUUCAAAUUUAAACCUUCCAAAAUCAUUGGUGAAACUUCUGCUAUUCAUGUAUUACUCAAUUUUGGAAAGUCGGGGUCAUUAGCUACGAUUUCAAAUUGUUAUCAUGAAGAUAUUUCAGAUGCUGUUGAUUAUAGUAUGUGUAAAUUUGAGAUAUUAUUAAGAUGUUGCAAUCAUUUUUUCGAAUUAAAAAGAAUUAUGAAUCAUGUGAAUGUUGUUGGAAUUGAUCUUUAUGGUUUAUUUAGUUGUCCUUCUGAUAUAGAUAAAAGUGCUCAUUCUUAUUUGAACGCCAUUAAAUCAGCUAGUUUGGAAACAUUAAGAACUCCUUAUAAAAUAUCAUUUAUGGUUGAGUUUCCUACAUCUUUGAAGCACAUGGCAUUACGGCUUAGAGAAAAUGAAGCAAUAAAUUUAGAUUUAAGAACAUUGGUAAAUCUUGAACAUUUUGAAUGCCAAGGUCUUUUUGGUAUGAAAUCAAUAAUGGAUUUAAACAUUUCCACUUCAAUCAAAGGGUUGAAAAUUUAUUCAUCUGGUUUUGAAGAAUUAGGAGAUUUAAGAAGUUUGAAUAAAUUGAAAACGCUUCAAAUUUCUGGAUGUAAAGAAUUGAUUGAUUUCAUUAAGUGUUGCUUUCCAGAUUCAUUAGAUUAUGUUGAAUACGAGCAUCGUGUUUCCGCUUCAAAAGUUACUGAGUUAUAUGAAAGUACUAAGAUUGGUAUGGUUGAGCAAUUUGAUAUAUCUGAUUUUUCAAAUGAUGGGACCUCAUAUUGCAUGCAUUCUAAUACGAAUUUUCCAACGAAUCUAAAUACUUUAUGCAUUCUGGAUCACGCCGGGACUUUACAAUUAGGUUCCAAUUUGAAACUUAAACAUAUUGGUAUUUUGAAAUUAGGAAACAUUUCUAAAUUGGAUUUAAAUGCACUUUUGGCUUCCUUACCAAAAGUAAUGUUUAGUUUAUCAAUUUGUACAUCAAAUAUAUCUUCUUUUGAAGGUAAAGCUUUAUUUCCUGAUUUGAAUGAGCUUCAACUUGAAUGUAAUAAAUUUGAAAAUAUAUUUAGAACAAAUUUACAUGAAUUAAAAAUUUUGUCAAUUCUAAAUCUUAAGCAUAAUGUUUCAGUCCAACCAGAAAAAUAUAUUAGAUUUGAUCCUUUUCAAAUGUUGCUGAUUGAUGAUUCCAUUUCAAGCAUAAUUGAAGCUUCAGAAGAAAUUGAAACUAAAUUUAACAAACAAUCAGAUACUGUGAAUGUGAAAAUGCAAAAAAUGAUGAAUUUAUCCUUAAUUCAAGCUAGUCAAAAGGAUCCAAUUCUUAGUAAUGGUACUCGACCAUAUAUAAUUGAUCCGAUUGUAUCUCAAGUUUCUUUUAUUGGUUGUGAAAAUCUAAAAUUCCUCACUAUCAUUGGAUUGGAUAUAAAAGUUUUAAAUAUUAAUUAUUUUCCAUCAACUUUAGAAAAUUUAACAAUUGAAGAGCUUGAAUUGCAAUCGAUUAAAGGUAAUUUUGAAAAUUUAAUUCAUUUAAAAAAUUUAACUUUAAAAGAAAAUCAAAUAAAUGACUUAAUGUUAUUAAACCAAACUUUUCCUAUAAGUUUAAAGACAUUAAAUUUAUCAAAGAAUAUAAUUAAUGAUUUAAAUUGUUUAAAAUUGGAUAAUUGUGUUAAUUUGGCAGAUUUAAUUUUGAAUGAAGUAGCGACACAAGAUCAACCAAAAGGAGCAAAUGAAUUGAAAGAAUUAUUUUUUAGGCUAGCACCUGCGAAGGGUACUCAUUUUGUUUUAACCACAACAAAUUCACAAACUAUAUUUGAAUUCUAUGAUGGUAUUGAUUAUAGUGGCGGCCCCCAAUAG